CCCAACACCAAAGCGAGAUUAUCUCGUUGCUGCAUGAGAUCGCAGUAACGGAGAUGCCAAGACGAGCUGGGAGGGAGAUCGUACGCGCCAUUGAGGACAUGCAGAGGCCCGAUGAAAAUCGCGUAGUCGGCGUUCCAUCAAGUCGCGUAAGUGCUGAAAGUGAAAACUCUGUCAAUAGUGAUCUCAAUACUUCUGAAAAGAUGUUGGUAGAAGAAGAACAGCAGCAUACAACUCCUGCUCACGACAAAGGGGAACAGACCGAGCCAGUAUCACUCGAAGUAGCAGGCGACGAUGGUCAG